GGGUGGAAGGAGGUUUCUUCUCUAGAAGGGAGCACCGUGAGUGAGAAGCUGGCACAUUUCAUCUUUGUGGGGCAGCACCCAGCUUGUGGCUGUCCCUGUUCUGGUCCAGAUUAAGUUCCAUGUUGAAUCUAUUCCUUCUUGUGGAGGCUGCCAAAGGGUGAAGACGAAGGUCACACAGAGCACCUUGGGCGUGAAGGAGGCGAAGGAAAAGCUAACAAGGGGGGGCUGGUGACCUCUGAGGAGCCCAACUCCUUCUCUAGCAGGUUCCUGUGCUGGAUCCUUCAGCUGGGUUUUGUCAAGUACCUGCUGAAGAUCCUUCAUAAAGCAUCAGCCUGGAUUGGAUUAAUGGUCUCCACAGGAACCAGGAUCAGCAAAUUCUACCCCACUCAGUCUCCCACUAGGCCUGGAAACCUUGUGAAGAGGCACCGAGGGAGGGGAAUGAGCCUCCUCCUCUCUGUCCUCCCCAUCAGGAUCAAGAGCACCCUGGGCUAUGGGCCAGCAGUCUGGGACCAGAGCAACAUGGCCAAGGAGAUCCUGGAAUCUCCGACCAACCCAUCUAACAAAGCAAACAAGAGGAAGCGAGACGAUGUACCUCUGGAGGAGCAGGAGUCCCAGCUGGUGAUCCUGCAGAGGGAUCUGCUGGAUGAUGACUCUGAAGACCUCACAUAUGAGCCUUCAGAUGUGGAAACGGAUAGUGAGGAGUACAAUUCCCAGAAUGACACUGACCUGGAUCUUGAAGAGCAGGAUGGCAACGCUGGCCUGGAGCAUGAAGAGCAGGAUAGGACCGUUCUGCUGAAGGAGUCACCAGAUCUCCAGGUGGAGAACAUACAACCCAUUGGGGUUAGUGAUGCCCCAGAGGUGCUGGCUGCCAGCACGGAGCUGGGACCAGAGGAUUCUGCUGGGUCCAGCAGUGAGGAAGAUGCUCCAGAUGUUGAUAGUGGUGAUGCCCAGAAGCCAGAAGAUGUGAGCAGUGGGGAUGGCAGUGAGCAGGAGGCUGAGGAUAAGCAGGAACCCUGACCCAUGGACCUGGACCUGUGGCUGCAGAGUGCCUGGUUCUCUAGGGCAGCUGUGUCCUCGAGUAAUACGUCCGGUUAAUUCAUGCUGUUAUUUUUUUUGAGUUUUCUAAUAAAAUUACCCUAUUUUUUCACGUGAA